AUGGCAAAGCAAAUUUUUUUCCUUUUGGUUUCGGUCGUUUGUGUGGCCAUUUCCCAAUUCCAAAUCCCGCUCCCGUUCGGCAGUUUGAAUUUCGGCAAACGCGAGGACGGAAAAGUUGAGGUCGGCGUAAACCAGGAGGCGAAUUUUUUCGGCUACGGUAGCAAAGGGAAUUUGAAACUCGUCUCGGGAAAUGGGACUCUCGAGACUGAGAGCGGUCACGCAGCCAUCGUCAACAACACCGACUACGGAGCUGGCGGAAAGAUCGCUUUCGACAAGCAAAAAGGCGUCGAUUUGGGCUCAAAGGCGACUGUUGGCGAUAAGAAAAUCGAGGCCUCAGCCACCCGGCCGGACGACUUUUUUAGUCAACUUUUCGGCGCGAUCAAAGGAAAACGAGAUGGGGCC